UAACACUGUAUAGCAUGUCAAGGGAAUCUUGUAAAGAAUGUUGCACGGAAGAAUUUCAUCCGAGAAAUUUCAGCCUCAAUCAUGAAAACCCGCAAUUGUUUGUCACAGCCCAGGGAGGAUUUGGAAUUGCUUACGUCAUCUACCGCGUUUUAUGGGCGCUGUUCCAUGUGACGUGGAUAAUUCUCAGUGGCGUCAUACCCUACAGCUGGUAUAGUAGCGAGUCCAAUCGCAUUAAAUGGUUUAUCUACCUCACCAACUGGUCCUACCUCAUCCUGACGGUGAGCGCCAUCAUUCAAGCUGCUGUGGCUAUCAACCAUUAUGUUAAACGUAGAAAACAUGAUGGUGUCUCAAACCAUGCUAUGACGUGGUACCUAAAGAUGGCGUGGGUCAUCUAUAAUAUCAGUAGUAAUGCCGCCAUUGUAGUUGCUGCACUCUACUGGGGCCUUAGAAUCCCCCCAAAAUUAGCUGCCGGCGGUGAGAUCCAUUACAUAGACGUGGGAACGCACCUAGGGAACGCCAUUUAUGUGCUAAGCGACAUCUUCAUUACGGCAACUCCAGUGAGAAUCUAUCACUUUCUACAUUCUUCUUUGUACGCUAUAGUAUACCUCAUAUUUUCGGUUGUCUACGACGUUUUAAAUGGAACCAAUGCCGUGGAAGGGUCGUAUAUAUACCCCCAGUUGGAUUGGGAUGUUCCGGGCACAGCAGCCAUUUACGCUGUGCUAGUUGCGCUGGUUGCGGUACCUCUGGUGCAAUGCGUGCUGUACGGAUUGUAUAGACUGCGACUGGCUCUAUAUGGGUGCUGCUGUCCGCGUUCAGUCGGGGAAUUUAAUACCGAGAGCUCUACAAAACAGGAAUUUCAGUUAGCAUGA